AUGGAUGCAUUUGAAGUAUCAUCAAAUCAUCGUAAUACAUGGUCAAAUUAUCCAACAGAUUGUUAUUCAACAAGUGUAGACUAUUAUCGACCAUAUGGAACAGCACCUUUUACAUCCCUUUCAUGGGUUGAAUCAAGUAAAUAUUCUGUUAGUAAUUGGCCAUCACAAACAUCAUCAACAUUUCCUUAUUCAUCAUCUUCACAUUCUCAACCUCCACAUGCUCAUACAAAUUUUUCUUCAACAACAAAUCCUUCAUCAACAACAUCAUUUGGUCAAAUAUAUUAUCCUCCAACACCACCAAAAGAUCUUCCACAUGAUACAUUACUUGAUACAUCAAAUAAACAACAACAACAACAACAACAACAUCAUCAUAAUAUAUCUCCAAUAACAAAUUCAUCUAUUUAUCAACAAUCACAUCAUAAUUGGGGACAUGUUCUUAAAGAUUCAUCAGUACUUUGGUCAACAAUGAAAUCAUCAUCAGAUUCACCAACGAAAAAUUUAACAUCAAAAAAAAAACCUAGUCAAGCAGAAGGCCGGGAAUGUGUUAAUUGUGGAGCUAAAGCAACACCAUUAUGGAGACGUGAUGGUAAUGGAAAUUAUUUAUGUAAUGCAUGUGGACUAUAUCAUAAAAUGAAUGGACACAAUCGACCAUUGAUUAAACCAAAACGACGUUUAUCAACAGUUAAGAAAACAGGCGUUUAUUGUUCGAAUUGUAAUACGAGUACAACAACAUUAUGGCGUCGAAAUGGACGUGGUGAAAGUGUUUGUAAUGCAUGUGGAUUAUAUUUCAAACUUCAUAAGAUAAAUCGUCCAAUAGCAUUAAAAAAAGAAAAUAUUCAAACACGUAAUCGUAAACCAAAUACAAAACGUAAUGAAUCAUCUACUAGUAAAGAUAAAGAUUCAUUUUCAUAUGGACUUUUAAUGAAGAAUGAACCAACAUUUAAUGGUUAUCAUGCUCAUGCAGCUGCAGCAGCUAUGGCAGUUAACAGUGGAUCAUCAUCACCAUCAUCAUCAGCUGCUUAUGCAGCUGCAGCAGCAUUUCAUCCAUUAUUUUCAACAUCAAUGUUAUCAUCUAUAGGAACAACAGGUACAUCAACAUCUUCUUCAUCAACAUCAUCAUCACCAAUUAAAUCAUCUUAUAUGACAAAUCAACAACAUCAUGUUGGAGUUUAUGCUCCGUACUUUUAA